GUGUUUUUGUAGGUUAAUGUUUUUUAAAUAUGAAUAAAUUAAACGUUUUAGUCGACAGCAAACUGGAGUUUACAAAUGUCAAAUGCACCAUGCUGGAUAGAAAAUUCGCCAACUUUGAACAGUGCUAUCUGAAGGCGCAGAAUCGCACCUAUAAAUACAUUACCAUCGAGGCUGUUCUCUAUCAGAAACCAGUUACCCAGUUUAAGGUUAAUUUUGCAUUGUAUAAACGCUCGAAUGGGCUACAACCGAUCAGCAUUAACACGACCAUAGACGGCUGUAAGUUAUUACACAACGAGAGGAAUCCCUUGUCUUUGUUUCUCUUUGGCCUGUUCAAGACGUACUCGAACAUCAACCAUUCGUGUCCAUUCGAUCAUGAUUUACUGGUGGAAAAGCUGCCCACCACAUUCGUGCUGCAUCACAUGACAAUGUUUCUGCCCUUUCCCGCCGGUGACUAUGUCUUCAACAGCAAUUGGAUUGCCAAUGGAGUUAAUCGGGCUAAUGUCAGGGUGCAUGCAACUCUAGACCAAUAG